CUUCAAAAAACUCGCCAAGCCAGCCGAACAGGGAAAGCUUAGGUCAAGGAAAAAUCAACGCCCCAGCCCGGCAACCGCGACCUCGUACAAACACGAAUACACGUUUGCGGAAAGCGCAACGGACCUUAGCAUUGCAGCGCCGCAGUUCAACCUUUGUAUGUGCUUAUCUUGCCUGUUUGCGAGCGUGCGGUCCACCCGUGCUGUACUCGAGCGCAUUUAAUCUAUCACCAUGUCAGGACGACAAGGCGGCGGCAGGCGGGACAAGGUUCUCAUUCCGCCCAUCAACUUCAUCUUCAGACUCCUCACGUCAAAGGCCCACGUCUCGAUAUGGCUGUACGAGCAGCUGGGCUUCCGGAUUGAGGGCUACAUCAGGGGAUUUGAUGAGUUCAUGAACCUGGUCAUCGACAACGCAGUGGAAGUUAGGCAGGCGACAAAAACGGAGGAAGAGUCGAGACGGCUGCUUGGCCAGAUACUUCUCAAAGGCGACAAUGUAUCAUUGAUUCAGGAGCUACAGGCAUGACGACUUGCGUGCCAAGGCAGCGGAGGAGGCAUAAUCCACCAAUUACGAUGAUGGUGAGGCUUUAAAAGGGCGAGAGAACUUCAUCAAGUGUGGCGCAACCAAGAUGUAGAAAAUGGCGUUUAGAGUAAGGGACAUUCCAUAGCAGGAUAUUGUGGUUUACACACCAUUGGUCAACUCUGCGUCGACGGCGGCGCCUGUCGCCGGAACACACUUCCAUCUCCUGCAAUAACGGCGUCAAGUCGGACAUCUGUCCCGUCCAUGGGUAUUUCCUUUCCUGCAGGGAGCAGUUGAUCCACUAGGGAAAGACCAACUAGGAGAGAGAAGACAAUCAGCCCCAGAAUCAAGAAAGAAGUGCGUUUGAAUCAAUUGAUCGUCAUCAACUCAAACCAAACCCCUUGAAAAUGAACUACACGAGGACGCAAGACGAGGUACAUACCUUUCCAAGGCACUCUAGCUCCCAAUCCAGCUUCCUUGUUG